AGUCCUGAAAAGCUCUUUGCCUUUCUCUGCAACUUCCCUUUCCUCUCAUUCUCAAAAAAAAAAAAACAAAAAAACCACGACAGAAAUCUCUCUCUCUCUCUCUCUCUCUCUGAAAAACCCACAUAGGAAAGCAGAGUCUCUCUCAAAAUCAUAGAAAAAAACCAACUGAGGAAAUCAGAGUCUUUCUGUCUAUUCUAUCAAUCAAAUUCUCAGAAAAACGCACAAGUCUCUCUCUCUCUCUCUCUCUCUCAAAACCUCAGAAAAAACCCACCAAAGAAAAGCAGAGAACUCUCUCUCUCUCUCUCUCUCUGAAAAUCUCACACCAAAAAGAGCAGAGCUCUCUCUCGCAGAGAAAAACUAUAUAAGAAAAGCAAGGGAGAGAAAUGCUGUCGAGGGUGAACGGCGUUGUUUGGAUGGAAGAGGAAGGAGACUCUGUCUCUUGGAACAGAGACGCUGAAAAGCCUGACGAAUUGUCUCUCUCCACUUUCAAAUCCAUGCUUGAAGACGACUGGAAUGGCUAUCUCAACCCCUCCAAUCACAAUCCAUCUCCCCACGACUCUGCCGCCUUCCAAACGCUCCAUUCCCACACCCACCUCGAUAUCAAAGACCUUUCCUUCCCUCCAAACCCUUCUUCUCAAGACAACCUCCUCCUCCAGCCCAUUGAAUCCUCUUCAUCCCUCUUCUCCCUCGACCCCUCCAGGGCCCCACCUUUCGUUCCUCCAAAGAACUGCCUCUCAUCGCUCCUCAAUGCCGUCUGCAACAACCCUUUCGACGCCGGGUUCGAUCUCGGUUGCGACAUGGGGCUGUUCCCCCCACCUACCACUGCCGCCCCCCAGUCGAAUUCAUCCGUUUUGAUGAACAGGGGAGUUGGGGUUUUGCAGGGGUUUAAUAGCUUGGGAUCGAACGGUCAGGUGGGCGCACCUGAUCUUGGACCCAGCGACCAAAUUCCGACUACUUGUUUGCUGUCGCUGCCUGAAAACGCUGGGCUGAAUCUGAAUCCAAUGGGGUUCCCCUGUUUCGAUGGCGUUUCCGGGAAUUCAAAUAGCCCUCUGUUCCCAAACCGGCCGAAGGUGUUGCGGCCGCUUGAGAUUUUCCCUCCGGUCGGCGUGCAGCCGACACUAUUCCAGAAGAGAGCAGCACUGCGCCAGAAUUCAGCUGCUGGGGCUGAGAAAAUCAGGAAUUUGGGGGCUUUGGGUUUGGAUGGCAGGGGUGGUCGGAUUCUGCCACAGGCCGAUGGGAGGAGGGAUUUGGAGGAAGGGCGUGAGAAGAGGAGGAAGUGCAGUGAGGAGGAUGAGUUUGACGAUGCGAGCAUUGACGGGUCGGGAUUGAAUUAUGAUUCAGAUGAGGCGGUGACGGAGAAUCCGAACAAGGGAGAGGAGAACACGAAGAAUGGUGGGAACAAUUCAAAUGCGAACAGUACUGUCAUGGGCGGAGAUCAGAAGGGGAAGAAGAAGGGACUCCCUGCAAAGAAUCUGAUGGCGGAGAGGCGGCGUCGGAAGAAGCUUAAUGACAGGCUCUUAAUGCUGAGGUCGGUCGUUCCGAAGAUCAGCAAGAUGGAUAGAGCUUCAAUCCUCGGCGACGCAAUUGAGUACUUGAAGGAGCUUCUGCAGAGGAUCAACGACCUACACAACGAGCUCGAAUCAACACCGUCCGGUUCUUCGCUGCCCACUACUACGAGCUUCCACCCUCUGACACCCACACUGCCUUGCCGUGUCAAGGAGGAACUCUGCCCGAGCUCGUUGCCAAGCCCAAAUAGCCAACCUGCAAGGGUGGAAGUCAGGCUGAGAGAAGGAAGAGCGGUCAACAUCCACAUGUUUUGUGCCCGUAGGCCCGGUCUCUUGCUCUCUACGAUGCGGGCGCUUGAUGGGCUCGGGCUCGACAUUCAACAGGCCGUCAUCAGUUGUUUCAAUGGCUUUGCUCUUGAUGUUUUCCGAGCUGAGCAAUGCAAUGAAGGCGUGGACAUACUGCCAGACGAAAUCAGGGCGGUACUUUUACACUCGGCGGGCUUCCACAGUACAAUGUAGCUUGAAGAAUCAAAAGAAGAUAGCACGAAAACGGCCACUAACCAUAGCAGUCCGCCGCCCUCUGAGGAGUUUGUAUAUGCAUCUGCCUCUCCCACCACCACCACCAAUUGUCAUAGGUAAAUGCCAAUGCUACCAAGCCAUUUCGAAGCUCUGUCGUAAGCAUCCGCCCUACUUUUAACUUGUUUACUAGGAUGUUUGUGGGGCCCACCAUUCGUUUCGACGGGCUUGGAAAUCAUGCUCAAAACAUUUCCUUGUCAUCAUUUUAGUGGUUUUUUAAAUUGUUUUUUAGAAUAA